UUCAAAGAGAAGCAUCAUUGAACCGCUGCUAAAUAAUUUCUACAAGAUGUGAUUGAUUCAUAUGCAAAAUAUUCUCAAACCAGUGUUACGUUCUAACUUCUAACUUCUACCCGUUAAUCUGUUACUUAGAAACAAUAUGCAGAAAAGUGGGAAAUUGUCGUACGAAUUGUGUUUGAGUUACUUUUGCAAAAGAAUAUAAAAUAAAAAAAAUAAAAAAAAUGUUAACGUUUGUUAACAGGUUAAAAGGGUGACCUGUUAAAUCUAACAGGCUGAAUUUAGACGACCCGUUAGCUUAACGGGUUGAGUUUGGGUGACCCAUUAGCUAAACGAGUUGGGUUAAAACCAAUCUAAACCCAAUAAAACCAACCCGUUUGCAUAUCUAGUUUUAAACCCGGUGAUGGAGCUCGCACGGAAAAAUGAAAAAAAAAAAAAAUCUAUUUACCAAACAUUUGUUUUUUUGAACAAAAGUUAGCUUUUUUUAGCCAUGUAUCAAUUGGUAAUCCACUUUUGAAGGAGUCAUUGUUAAGCAUUACCAAUCAUUUGUACGCCCCAAAUUUGAAAAUAAAAAAGAAAAUGAACGACCUUUGAGACCAAUGAUCUCUCCACCUCACAUUUCCUAACAGAAGCAACCGUCAUUCAGAGCUACUACCCUUAUAAAUACCUCAUGACUCCACACUUUGGAAAGCAGGGGACACAAAAAGUAGUAUUAUUCAGUGCCCCAAUAAGUGACCCCAACAGCUCUACAGCAACUCACCUGAAAAAGAAAUCUUCCUUGUUUCUUUUUCGCCACCAGAAUCUACAUAUAAAAAAAAAUAAAAAAAAUAUUAGUUAGAUUUUUAGUUAUUUAUAUAUAUUAAUUCAAACAUGGGCGGAGCAGAUGGAUCUAACAAGAAGAAAAAGUUCGCCAUCAUCGGCGCCUCUGCCCUGAUUCUGGUGGCAAUGGUAGUUGCUGUAACUGUUGGGGUCACAGUAUCACGCCGCGGCGGAGGGUCAUCCGACGGCCACACCUCCACGUCCACAAAGGCGAUCCAGGCCAUUUGCCAGCCCACCGACUAUAAGAAGACAUGCGAGGAAAGCCUGUCAGGCGCGGCCGGUAACGUCACCGAUCCCAAAGAGUUGAUCAAAGUAGGGUUCCAAGUCACCAUGGACAUGCUCCGCGGCGUCAUCGAGAAGUCCACCACGUUGAAGGAUUUGGCUAAGGACCCAAGCACCGGAGAUGCACUCCAAAACUGCAAGGAGCUCCUGGAGUACGCCAUCGAUGACUUAGGUGACUCGUUUGACAGGAUUGGGGCCUUCGACAUGAGCAAGCUCGAUCUUUACGUGGAGGAUCUCAAAGUGUGGCUCAGCGCUGCCAUGACAUACGAGCAGACUUGCUUGGAUGGGUUCGAGAAUACCACUGGUGAUGCCGGUGAGAAGAUGAGGGAGUUCUUGAAGACAUCGCAGGAGCUCACCAACAACGGCCUCGCCAUGGUCGACCAAGUUUCCACGAUGUUCGGGGCUCUUAAUGUCAAAUCCGGCCGCAGACUCCUUGAGGCUACAGCUGGAACUGGUGCGAAGAAGUUCCAGAAGGCUAAGGUCAUCCCUGCUUGGAUUGAUAAUCGAAGGCUCGACCUCGCUACCGCCACUCCUCAGACGCUGAAACCCGAUGUGGUGGUGGCCAAAAAAGGGGGUGGUAAGUACACGACUGUCAACGAAGCCUUGAAGGAUAUCCCCAAGGACAACGCAGUGAAGGUCUUUGUAAUUUAUGUUAAGGAGGGAGUGUAUGAGGAGCAUGUCCUGUUUGAUAAGCACAUGACCAAUGUCAUGCUUAUAGGAGAUGGCCCCACUAAGACCAUUAUUACCGGUAGAAAGAACUUUGCAGAGGGUACCAAGACAAUGCAGACUGCCACAGUCGGUGUUGUGGGAGACUACUUCAUUGCCAAGGACAUUGGAUUUGAGAACACAGCCGGAGCUGUCGGACACCAAGCCGUGGCUCUACGUGUACAGUCAGACUUGUCCAUCUUCUACAACUGCAAGAUGGAUGGGUACCAAGACACCCUAUACACCCAAACUCACAGGCAAUUCUACCGCGACUGCACCAUCAGUGGAACCAUCGACUUCAUCUUUGGUGAUGCUGCCGCUGUGUUCCAAAACUGCAAGAUGAUCGUCAGGAAGCCACUCGAGAACCAGGCCUGCAUGGUGACUGCCCACGGUAGACUGGACAGACGUUCUCCCACGGGUAUCAUCCUCCAAAACUGCACCAUCUCUGGCGAACCAGGCUACGAGAAGGACCUGAACAAGGCAUACUUGGGCAGGCCAUGGAAGAACUACGCAAGAGCAAUCGUCAUGCAGUCCCAGAUCGAUGACGUGAUCGCUCCAGAAGGGUGGAUGGAAUGGAUUGGAUCAAACAAUCACCAAUCUUGCUGGUUCGGUGAGUUUGGCAACAGGGGACUCGGUGCCGACCAGACCAAGAGGGCGACAUGGCGUGGAAUUAAGGAGCUUACCGCUCAGCACGCCGCGGACUUCACCGCUGGGAGGUUCGUGUUCGGUGAUAGAUGGAUUCAGCCUAGCGGUGUGCCCUAUGUCGCUGGCAUGAUGCCGUAAGUGUAGAUAUAUAGAGCCGUUAGAGAUUAAUCUUAUAUUUUUAAAUAAAGACAAAAAAAAUUGUACUAUUCUUAUAUGUAUUAAAUCAAUUAUAGCAUUGUAAUCGAAAAAUCAAAAAUUAAAUUAAUUAUAGCGUAUAUACUUUGCUAA